GCCAGUGGGACAAAUAUAGCGGCGCCGGGUGAGCGGUCAGGGCUCAGGACAGGUGGGACGGCAGGCCACCCUCAGCCACUGUGCAGCACACCGACCAGCUCACUGUAAAACACUCUGGCUUAAUUACAGAAAAUAGAAGACAAAGAGAGAUUUCAAGAUCAAACGAUAUACACACACAAGUGGGAUCGAAUCCUUUGGUUUACUUCACUGACUAGACUUUAACCUAAAAAAAACUGGACUCAAAGUGGGACAGAAGUGUGUGGAAAAACACUUGAAGGAUGCAGGAUGGGAGCUGGAAUGACACACUCCCCCACUCAGUGCUUCAGAAAGAAGCGUGUCCUCCAGGGGGUGUGUCUCAUGAUGGGGAUAGGGACAUGCUUUUAGAGGCAUCCUCAGAUGGCAAAGUAUAUCUGGCGGAGUUCGAUGGUGGGGACGGGGACUUUCUGGAACUCUCUGCCUUCCUUAGUCAGGAUGAGAUCGGCCUUAGUCUUGACUUGGCUCGAGAGGCCAUGAGUGAUGCAGGUGAUCCCUGUGAUGCCUCUGAUAUGCCACCUCCUGUUUCUUUACCCAAAGAAUUGGAGCCGGUGGCAGUCCAUUCCCCACCCUCUCCCCUAAACUCCACCCCUCAGCAUUUAAGUGCAGCAGAAAAUCAACCUUUUCAUUUGCCAAGCAAAGGCACAACAGUACAGAAUUCUGUUGCAAUGGCAUCAUCAAAUCCAACUGAAGCUACAUCGGUCACGGUUACGUCCAGUCAGAGCAUCCAAGUUAACAGACCCACUCAGGCCCGUUCAUGCCCUGAACCCCCAGCCUACAACAAGUCCAGCAUGCCUGUGUACAAGCAGGAGCGUCCCCGGUUAGUCCAUGGAGGCCUGGAGGUCAAUGAGCGAGCGGCUUCGACUACUGAGUUCUGCAGCCGGGCUGCGACCUUCAUCGAGGAGCUCUCCUCUAUUUUUAAAGGGUCUAACCGCUUUGAUCACCAGGAAGACGAUGACUCCUCCUCUCCAGACAGUGGCUACUUGUCUCCAAAGAGCCAUAAACUGGCAAAGCAGCAGGUGCGGUCCUCUUUAUCAUCGGCAUCUUUUUCUCCAGCGGUCCAUCAAGAAGCUGCUCUUGAAGGCAUGGCAGGGAUAGAGUCAGUAAUUGAUGGGAAUGAGCAUCAAGUUGGUGAGAUUAGUACGGAUGGGUCAAUGGUUCCUCCUCGGUUCACCCAGAAACUGAAGAGCCAAGAGGUUGCGGAGGGGAGUCCUAUUACUCUAGAAUGCAGGGUGAAAGGGAACCCCCAGCCACUGGUCAGGUGGUUCUGUGAGGGGCGCGAGCUGCACCACUGUCCUGAUAUUCAGAUCUGGCAGGAUGGUGACCUGCACACGCUGGUGAUCGCCGAGGCUUUCGAGGACGACACGGGCAGGUACACCUGCGUAGCCUCCAACGCUUUGGGAGCAGACAACACCUCUGCCGAGGUCUACAUCGAGGGAGCCUCCUCUUCAGACUCAGAGGGCGAAGGAUCCGUGUCCAAAUCUAAAUCAGGAGCCAUGCCACAGGUGCAGAAGAAAACAGCGUCGGUGUCCUUGACCAUUCGCACGUCUUCACCAAAAAGCCCUGAUAAACCGUCCCUCCGCUCCACACUACUCCAGCCACUGUCACAGAGAGUUCAGAGUCCUGUCUCUUCACAGUAUGCUGCUGACGGACUUCAUUCAGCUCCCCCUACCUUCACCAAGUUAUUGCAGGAUGCCCAGGCAUGUGAGGGGCAGCUGGUGGUUCUGGAGUGCAGGGUAAAAGGAAGUCCGCCGCUCCGGGUUCAGUGGUUCCGGCAGGGUCAUGAGAUCCAGGACUCCCCGGAUUUUCGCAUCCUUCAAAAAAAACCGAGAUCUACAGCAGAGCCUGAGGAGAUCUGCACUCUGGUGAUAGCCGAAGUUUUCCCUGAAGACGGAGGCCUGUUCUGCUGCAGUGCUUCAAACCAGUACGGCUCCAUCAGAUGCAGCGCCCAGCUAACCAUUCUGCCAGGGCCUGAGGAGUCAUCCAGAAAUGGCAUAUCCAAAGACAACAGCAUCUUCGAAGACAAUCAUUCGUUCCCGCCCCCUCCCCCGCCCAAUGAAAUCAGCCUCCUAGAGGUCCCACCCAAAACUCCGCCUAGUGCCGAAGCCUUCCAGAUAAAUGAGCUGGACAUUUGGCCUAGUGUCCAGUCUGCUGUAGCUGUUGAGCACCAAGCGAAUGGAGCAUUUUCCAGCAGCAGUACCCCAAGCCCCCAGUCAGCAGUGAGUAUGAAGGAUGUUCCAUCACCUGUUGAAGAAGCUGACCUUCCUUCAUCUCCAUCUCCAUCUAAGGAGGGACCCCCUAUUCCUAUCAAGCCCAAACCCAGACUCAGGAACGCAGAACAGCUAAAGCAGCUCCACGAUCAGGUCCUCCUUGAGCAGCAGGAAGCGGCAAAGUGGCAGCAAAUCCAGCAACAGCCUGAACAAAAAGCCCCAGCUCUUCCGCCACAGCAGCCUCCCCAGGACGCCCCACCGCCAUCUCCACCUCUUCCACCUCCUCCCUCCUUCCAGGAGUUGGAGUGCGGCACCAUGCAGACGAGCACGUUCAACUAUGCUCGGCCCAAGCAGUUCAUUGCUGCCCAAUCUCCCACUAGCCCCAGCGUUGGGUCGGUUAACUACUCUACCCAGUCGUCCACCUCCUCAGGUUCCAGUCUGGCGUCACCACUCUCGCCCUCCGCUUCCCACAAGCCGUUUGGUCGCGUCACUCUGCCACCUUUCCAGUCAUCGCCUAAAGUCGGCAGCAUGGCGUCACCGGGCUCUCCUUCAUUCCCUCCUCCUCCUCCACCCUUCCUCAGCUCGAGCACGGUCACCUCUCCCUGUGGCCCACCUCAGGACUUUCCCCCACCGCCACCUCCACCACCUCCGCCAGUCUCCACAAGUCCCACCCGCUCUGACAGCUCAUCCCCGUUCACAUCCAAGCCUCACUCACCAGCUGGGUUCUUGGUGUCUGUGCUGCCAGCCACACCCCCUGCACCACCUGUUAAUGCGCUGGGGCUGCCCAAAGGAAACGGCACAGUAGGGUUCCCUCGCAAGACUCGCGGCACACCACGGAUCGUAAGUGACUCCGAGAUCCAGGACACGAAAGAUGCCGUCAUUCAAGACCUGGAGAGGAAGCUGCGUUUUAAAGAGGAACGUGUCAGCAACGGCCAGCAGAAGUUAACCUAUGAAGAGAAGAUGGCUCGCAGGCUCCUGGGGGCUGACAACGCAGCCACAGUGUUUAGCACACAGCAAACAGAGGAGGAGGCUGUUACACAGGAAAGCAGCUCGACUGAUUCAGAGUUUGUCCCUCUAAAGGAGUACAAGGUUUCGAGCUUCGAGCAGCGGCUUAUCAGCGAGAUCGAGUUCCGGUUGGAGCGCUCCCCGGUGGAAGAGAGUGACGAUGAUGUCCAGCAUGGCGACGACCCUCUGGAAAACUGUGUGGCACCGUACUUCGACCAAAAACUCAAACACUUCAAAGUGUUCGAGGGCAUGCCUGUCACUUUCAGCUGCAAGGUCAUCGGGGACCCUAACCCUAAGGUGUACUGGUUUAAAGAUGGAAAACAGAUCUCAAAACGGAGCGAGCACUACCGCAUCAGUCGAGAUCCAGACGGGACAUGCUUUCUACACACGGCCGCCGCUUCUCUGGAUGACGACGGCAACUACACCAUCAUGGCUGGAAAUCCUGGGGGCAGGGUGAGCUGCACCGGAAGGAUGAUGGUACAGGCAGUGAACCAGAGGGGGCGAAGCCAGCGCGCUAUACCUGGCCACAUCCGCAGGGCCCGUUCCAGAUCCAGAGAUGGAGGCGAGGAGAACGAGAACAUUCAGGAGCGCCACUUCCGUCCCCAUUUCCUGCAGGCCCCAGGUGAUCUAAUCGUCCAGGAGGGGAGACUCUGCCGCAUGGACUGUAAGGUCAGCGGGUUACCCACGCCUGAUCUGAUCUGGCAGAUCAAUGGCCACACCAUCCGUCCAGAUUCCUCUCAUAAAAUGCUGGUGAGAGAGAAUGGAGUCCAUUCGUUGGUAAUCGAGCCUGUGACUAGCAGAGACGCUGGAGUUUAUACAUGCAUUGCCAGCAACAGGGCCGGACAGAAUUCCUUCAACCUGGAGCUGAUUGUAGCUGCUAAAGAGAUGCACAAAGCUCCUUCCUUCAUCGAGAAGCUUCAGAACACAAGCGUCGCUGAGGGUUACCCUGUGCGCUUGGAAUGCCGUGUGUCCGGAGUCCCUUUCCCUCAGAUCUUCUGGAAGAAGGAGAACGAGUCAAUCACUCACAACACCGACAGAAUAAGCAUGCACCAGGACAACUUUGGCUAUCUGUGCAUGAUCAUUCAGCCGGCUUUGAAGGAGGACGCAGGCUGGUACACCGUUUCAGCCAAGAACGAAGCAGGAAUCGUCUCCACCACAGCACGACUCGAUGUUCACCACCAGUAUCAGCAGACACACACCCCGAAGCCCAAGAAGGUGCGUCCUUCAACCAGCCGCUACGCCGCACUGACCGAGCGUGGCCUGGACGUGAAGGCAGCUUUCUUCCCAGACUCCAGCCCCCUUCCCCCUGGCACCCUGGUGGAGAGCGAUGACCUGUAGAUGCUUGCUCAGACAACCUCACGCUAUUAAUCAUGACCCUGUGACCCCCGUGCCACCGUCCCAGAAACAGACACCACCAACAGACAUACCAGAGGAACACCGAAUCUUCUCGGCUGUUCGAAGCUUAGCUGAAGAAAAAAAAAAUCAAUCCGGAAAAUAAUUAAAUAACUAAACCAGAUUCCAGUUCACUACAAAUUUGGAAGAUUUUCGGUCCAUGUGAGACGAUGGGAAUUGAGGAGGUGUGAGAAGCACUGAAAUGAGAUCAUAUCUAUUUUCUUUCAGACAGUACACACACACACACGCACACUCACACACACACACACACACACACACACACACACCAAGCUGAGUUGAGGAAGGAGGUACUAAACCAAUGAUCACCUUUUCUACCAUAAGUGCCUGAUUCAAAACCAAGACGUAGCUUUUAGUUCUGCAUGUGUUACUACGAUUUCAGUGUGUAGCACUUAACACUCAGUGCCUUUGUCUCUCGAGAGCUGUUCGAUUUGUAGCAGAAAGAUUCAUGGGAAAUGGGGUGGAGUUUUCUAACGGGUACGUUUAAUAUAAUUCGCUUUUUAAUAGAGGCGUUCCCUAUUUGUAGUGAACUUUUUUUUUUUUUUUUGAACCACAGCAGUUUUGGGUGUAGAUAGACUGAUCACAGUACCACAGAUAUCCACCAUGUCUGGACGCCGUAGAUUAUUGCACAAGGCCGGGCCUUAUUAUUAUUAUUAUUAUUAUUAUUAUUAUUAUUAUAUAUUUUUGUCUUUCUCUAUCUUGUGUUUGGGAAUAGGGAAGUUGAUACAGGUGCUGAACCGGUUUAAGAGGUUGAAUGAUUUUCAGAAUGACAAAUGAGAGUGGGUGUAGGAAUACUAGGAACAAGAGCGAGCCGAUGCAGGAGAUACUAAGAAUUACUGAUAAGAAAACAUGAAGUGUUAUUGGCUGCGGAAGAGAUUACACUGUCACUUUAAACAGAACGUGAGAAGGUUCGAAAGAAUUUACAUAACAGAAAUUAGCGACUCCGAGGACACAGUGGAUACGAGAUGGUACACGAGUUAUAGCGGCUUCCGAAAGCGUAUUUCCCGCUCACACACAACUGUGUACUUUAUAAUAUGGGGAAAAAGGGGGGAAGGGAAGUAUUUAUAGCCAGAUGCAGACAUUAAAUUAUAUUAGUGAUUUGUUUUUUCCUCAUGGCUUUAAGCCCAGUCUUUAUUUAACUAUAUAUUUACCACCAUUCGAAUUAUUUACACGUAUCUUUUUUUUCCUACGUAUUAAUAUAUAGCCCUAUUACACAUAUAUCCACGUAUUCAACUCUGGUACUUGUAUUAUGUAACAAUAUCUUAGUCGACUAGAGUCAAGGGUAGCAGGAUUGCACAAAUGUAAAGCUUGCAGAAAUAUGACCUUCAUAUGUACUCACUCAACUCCUUUCAAUAUAUAUAUAUUUUUUUGCCUCUUACUUUUGUCUCAACACAAAACAUACUUAAGGACCGAUGAAAGAUUUUGUUCUUUUAGUUCCAAGCUGACAUGCCGCUAUAUAAAAUGUUCUUCUGACUGUUUUUGGUUUAUGAACAAUAUAAAUAAAAUUCUCUGGAAAUACGA